UUACAUUGUACAGAGUUGUGGUAUGCGGUCGCUGACUUUGAGUGCAAGGGCAGCAAGCUAAAGCGCAACACCUCCUCCUUGCUGUCCCCUAAGCGAGCGUCACCUUGUAUGGAGAGCUUUGUGGAUGUGUCCUUCGACAGCGAUUUCCCUUUAGAGAACCUACCUUGGGGCGUCUUCGAGGCGCCGGGUCAGGACGGACCCAAGUUGCAUGUUGGCGUGGCGCUUGGUCAGCAUGCUGUCUCCGCAACCGCACUUUACGAUGCGGGCUUCUUGCGUGACCUACCGGGAGUGGGAGAAAAUGUCUUCUCUCAUGGACGCCUGAACGAGUUCAUGUCCGCGGGGCGCCCCGCCUGGCAGGCGGCUCGCAGCUGCCUGCAGCGGCUGCUGAGCCGCGGGGAGGGGGCGCUGCGGGACUGCGUGCAGCUGCGGGAGCGAGUCCUGUUUAGGCAGUCCGAGGUGCGCAUGCAGCUGCCCGCCCACAUCGGCGACUACACCGACUUCUACGCCUCCCGCCAGCACGCCACCAACGUGGGGGCGAUGUUCAGGGGGCGCGACAACGCGCUCAACCCCAACUGGCUGCACCUGCCGGUUGGCUACCACGGCCGCUCCUCCUCCAUCGUACCCUCGGGUGUGCCCGUGCGGAGACCCUGGGGCCAGGUGCUGCCGGCUGGCAGUUCCACACCCGUGUUCGCGCCCAGUGCCCAAGUGGACUUCGAGCUGGAAGUGGCCGCGGUGGUGGGUCCCGGCAACCCGCAUGGCGAGCCCAUCCCCGCCCCCUCCGCCUGGUCGCACGUGUUCGGGCUGGUGCUGCUGAACGACUGGAGCGCACGGGACGUGCAGCGCUGGGAGUACGUGCCGCUGGGGCCCUUCAACGGGAAGAACUGGGCUACCCAGAUAUCACCCUGGGUGGUCACCCUGGAGGCCCUGGAGCCCUACCGCUGCUCCCCACCACCCCGGCAGCAGGGGCAGGCGGGGGACGAGCCCCCCGAGCUGCUGCCGUACCUGCGAGAGGAGCUGCCGUACACGUACGACAUAGAGCUGUUCGUGGACAUCACUCCUGCGGGGGCGGCGGAGCCACACGUGACGUCAUCACCGUCUUCGCCAGCUGAGGCAGCAGCAGCGGCGUCGUUGCUCGGGGGGAAGGGAGGAGCGGGCGGAGGAGGAGCGGGAGGAGGAGGAGGCGGCCGCUGCUGCUGCGUCCACCCGCCGACAACCGUGACUCGGUCCAACCUGAAACACCUCUACUGGACCUUCCCCCAGAUGCUGGCCCACCACACCGCGGGCGGCUGUCCGCUGCGCCCCGGCGACCUGCUCGCCUCCGGAACCAUCAGCGGGGACACGCCCGACUCCAGGGGUUGCCUGCUGGAGCUGACGUGCGGAGGGAAGGAGGAGGUCGUACUGAUGACGUCAGCACCGGCAGCAAGCGGUACGGCAGAUGGCGGUGGUGGUACGGCAGCAGCAGGCGGGGUGGUGAGGAGGAGGUACCUGGAGGAUGGAGAUACCGUGACGCUGCGAGGGAGGUGCGGGGGAGGCGGCGGGGAGGAGGGAAGUGGGGAGGGGAUGGUGGGGCGGCGGAGGGGUCUUGGGUUUGGGGUGUGCAGCGGCACACUGCUGCCGGCGAGGGCGUUGUGAAGGGGUGUGAAAUGCAGGGGCACCGAGAGAUUGCAACUGUGAGGCUAAGACACAUGUGUGCUAUAGCCGACUGAGAGGCCGUUGCAAACGGACAUUUUUGUCGUAUUGGGUGACGGGACAACGAUAUCCGCGUGCCUCGGAGCGCGGUGGACGCGUCGACCCUGGUGCGCGGUGGAUGUGUGUUCCCGAGACAGCUAUUUGGAAGGGCUUGGCGUGAGGUUAACCUGCAACUACCAACAGCGUAGAAUUGGCUGGACAAAGGGGCUGGUAGUUGUCAGUUGGGAACGCAACAUCGGUUGCACCUACCAAGCUUUACUCAGUAGCCAAUGGGGGGCCGCCUGCAAGCCUAUGUAUGUGCACAAGCGUCGAUUGUUUGGGCCUCCUACACUCGUCACACUCACUCCGUAGCUGGAGAGAGAAGGGAGGGUACGGAUGCAUGCAGACCCCUCGUUGGAUGUCCGAUCAGGUAGGGUCUCUUGCCAGGAGUCCUGCCUUAGGUGUUUGUAUUGUACAGAAAGAAUGAGUGACCGUUACAAUGUAGUGUCUUGUACUGCUUACAGAUUGACAUACUUUGGCCCAACCUGUACGGAUAUCCACAA